CAGCUGAUGCAACUAAGUCCUCCGCGAUAAAAGCUCGCCCGCUCACAUCAGCAGUAAUGCCGUCUUGACGCCGCUCAAAUAAUAUAUGGAGAAAACUUUAAGCAAACGUCCGGACGAGCUACCGGAAUUGUACAAACGGGAAUCACUAUGGUCGAUACCGCGGCACUUCUAUUUGGAAAACAGGUGCCCGUCUUGGGAGAGGAAGAAAGUGUCACGGACAUUAUAGGAACAUACUUUUUCAGGCUCGCAUCCCUGCGUCAAGAAGAAGAAAAAGACACUUUGCUCCGACGGGGAAGCGUAGACAGUGGCGACGAGACCGACAGCACUUUACAUUUUACCAACAUGGAUGCUGGUUUGGAGCACGAGGAGCAAGUCCUUCAACAAGAUUUGACGCGGCGCAUCGAGCUCUGCCUGACCGAGGCCAAGGUUUCGGUGCUCCAGUGCAAGAUGCUGCUUCUCCCACGCCAGAUGACCACCAGGGUCGGUCGCGAUGUGCUUCGCUCUUCCACAGAUGAGCCGUGCGGGCUGCGGGGUGCUUCCAUCAGGGUCUACGUGGAGACCAAGAAUGGCCUCAAGUCUUUGGGGUGUGUUUUCCCGGACUCAAGUGUCACCCCGACAUUUGAACUGUCUGUCGUGUUUAAGGCGGACAUGAAUGACCGCUGGCCGCCACUCAAGCACAUCUUUAAGAGCAGUAAAGUGUUAAAGCUUAGACCAGAGUACAAGCUGGUAAAGAGGAAGCUCUACUCUUCUGCCAGCCCCGUGAUCCAUGAGUUUAACACUCACAUGAGGAGUUGAACAUGUUCAUUUGUUUAAGCAAAGGGUCAAACUGUUAAUUGUUGUCUGCUAACUUGAUUGUUAAUUUGCACAGAUUGUUGAACGUUCCAAGUAUACACUGGAUGCACCCCCUCUGGAAGGGGCAGGGCUCAUUUCUUACGUGUGCUGCCUUUGUAUUUUUGAUAAUAAAACAAUUUGUUCACAA